GUAACGUAGGGCUUCACCUUCUCCUGCCACGCGCAAAUUUUCCGACUCCUAAAUAUUUCCAAUUCUCCAGAGACGCUCCAAGUUUCCUCUCCUUUGCAUUUGUCUUCAACAUGACUGAGAGAAGAUAUGACGGAUUUGAAAACAAGGGGCCGAUUGUAUACCACACGAGUGCCAAGUAUUACCCUGCUCCUGCCCCUUCAAAUUAUGCGUAUGACCAUGUUUCUGCUUCUGCUUGUGCUAACGAGGAUCAUGGGGUGCAUAAGGACCCUCUGGGUCUGGAAGACUUUUCCGGGUAUAUAUUUAUGUGCAAUGGAAGAACAAAACCGGAAUGCUACCUAUACCGUGUGUUUGGACUUCCUGCUGGAAGAAGGGAAGUUAUAGAGAGGAUCCGGCCAGGCACAAAGCUGUUUCUGUUUGAUUAUGAUGUCAAGUUUCUUUAUGGGGUGUAUGAAGCAACCACUGCUGGAAAGAUGAACUUGGAAAGAACGGCUUUUGGUGGAAGCUUUCCCGCGCAGGUAAGAUUCAGAAUUUACAAGGAAUGUCUCCCCUUGCCUGAGAGUGAUUUUAAACAUGCUAUUCUAGAUAACUACCAGAAAGGCUCCAAGAAGUUUAACCCCAUUCUCAAUUGCCAACAAGUAAGCCAUUUGUUAUCACUGUUUCAUCCUCUAACCACACAAUCAACUGUCAAAUAUGACAAUUCCUAUAUAAAGGAUCAAUACCCAAGGCUGCCUCCUUCAGGCGCUACAUACUAUAACUCAAUGCGUCUCAGUCAAGCCCCACAAGUGUUGGUUCCUCAAUAUGUUCCACAGGCAGUCCUAGUUCAGCAGCGGGAUGGUCGUGGAUCCACAGGAAACACGGGUCUUUUCCAUCAUGCAGACCAACCUGCUGUGCCAAAUGCAGGUUCACAAUCAGCAAUGCCAACCCAAUCUACGGAGGAACAGUUUCAGUCCCCAGCAAGCCUGCCUUCCAUGAAGGAUCCAACUGCAUCUUUGAUAUAUGGCAGUCUUACUUCACCAAUGUUGGAGUCUCAGCCUCAGUAUAUUCAACCGAGUGUCGUACACCAACAGCCUGCUAGCUAUGGAUACAUGUCAUACAUGGGCUACAUUUAUCCUGCUGUGCAACAGCAAGCUAUGCCAGCUCCAAAUCAGACAUAUUAUUCUGCACAAGUGGCGCACAGUUACUCGGCUGAACUCCCUGCCUCGCAAGCACCCACAUCAUAUGAAAGCUAUCACAAGCACAAGGCCACACAUGAUGAAGUUCCUACUGAUCAACAAACGAGCUUGGGAUAUGGGUACAAUCAGUUACCUUUGAAGACGGAGACUGGAACUAAUUUACAGCAGGGGAAUGCUGCCGAAUACUACAUCUACCAAGUGCCUACAGUCCAGUAUGUUUCAUCACCUACACAAACCACACACCUCAACAACAUUGGAAGCACCUGAGCUUCCAGCAGGGACUCAUCAUCAUUGAACUCCGCCCCAACCUACUAACCUAGUGUCAAACCGGUUAAUUGGACAUCUCAAACAUGCUGGUAAAAUGAGCAUGGCUUUGCCUGGUUGUUAUCACUUCACCUAUUUAGUUCAGGUUCUCGGUUUAGAACGAUAUAUCAGUUAGUUAUAAGUAGUUACUAGGAAUGAUGCAUUAGCAUUGUAGCUCAGGUGGUAAAGGCUGCUAAUGUACCCUUGCAGAAUAGUUGGUCCUGAAUCUUUAAGAUGCAAAAAACUACAUUUAAACGAAUGCUUCGUGUUUAAGAUGGAAAAUGCAACUAGUAGAUGAUUCGUUCUUCUCGUAAUUGCAUUAGUGCAGGAUGAUUUGUGGAUCAGCUUAGAAGUGAUGCUGCAGAAUUCAACCCGAAAUCGAAUUCC